AUGACCGAGAAGGCACCCCCGAGCAAGACGAACGGGAAAACAUUACUCGACCUGGUGUCGAUUCAGCGGAGGAUCAUGCGCCGGUACUGGAACGCGCGCCCUCGGCGCGAGAGCGCCCAUACGUUUGAGCCGAGGUCGAGGACGUCUGCGCGCAUCCUCAAGGAGGUCAAGUACGCGGACGGUAUUGGCGCACCACAGUGA